AGAUACCCGUUUACUUACACAUACACAGACAUACGUACGUACAUAUGUAUACAUAAAUUGGCAAUUAUAAAUCGUUUGAAUGUCUGAAUAUAAAGGCGUUUACGAGGACGAUAUUCUGGUGUGACGAGUCUCAGUGGGAUCCUAAGGCGAAUUGAAUCUUUAUAAAACGUAAACGACGUUCAGAUGUAUACGAUCGGUUUUGUGAGCUUGCCGGUUCGGUUUUAUACUCACUGCGUGUAUUGUAUAUCAGUGUAAAGAAAAAAAGGAGUUAUAAUGUAAUAGUGUGUACAAUGUAGUGUGUGGUGUGUACAAAACGGCCCACGCGUCGAUGCAAAUGACCGGUCGAUCCACUGAAACGGCCAGCACAUAAAAGAAGAGACGAGAUAUGAGAAAUAAGAUGGUGAUGAUGAUGAUGAUAGUCAAGCUCAACCAGGCUCCGAAUCAGAGAACGGCCUCAGAGUAUAAGCAUCUUAAGAAAAUGUGAUAUUGAAUACACUCUGAAGCGCAAAACCUUUUUCGGGCGUUUUUUGUAUACCGACCGCAACGAAGAUUGAUGCACAAGUCGCGACGCAUCCAAAAUUCGUGUAGAUAUAUAUACACUACAUGCGCAUUUGAGCACACACGGGAAAAAACGUACACCUUAAGAGUUUGCUAAAGAAGAGGAGAUGAUGUCGGGCCUGAGGGCGAACAUGCUCGGAGUCGACUUGCCCAACUAACAUUACCAAAGUAUCCAGCUCCAGCUUUAGCUUCAGUUACAGCUUCAACUCCGACUCCAACUCAGGCCGUCUUGGUAAGCCUGUCAAAUAAACUGGGUGUUCGGCGUACAUACUGUCUUGUUGUCUAAGAACUGGUUGGAUUCGUUUUCUGUUCAUUUGGUUCCUUCCGGAGUGGCUAAUUGAUCCUUGAAGGAUUUUCAAUGGCGAUGUCUCGGCUUCCGAGCAAUUUCAAGACAGCUGCCAUUAAGACCUUCGAGGUCAAAAUUAGAGAUAAUAAGACCUUUCGACUUGUUGAAAGCUUCGGUGAAACAAUUAAGGGAAAUGUGCGCAAGAGGUGGUGGCGCAGCUUUGCCAGCAUAUCAGCGAGAGUAGAGAGUACGUUGCCCGAGGAUUUUUCAUAUUUGUAUCCUUUAUCUUUCUCAGGUAAAUGGGGACUCAAGUGGAGCGAGAGUUUCAAGCAUAAAGAGCAGGAUCAGGAUAAUGAUCAUCGCUACAUAUGUAUGAAAGAAAAGCUCUCAGCAACUCGGGUCGUCAGGUCAUCACCAAUUGCAAGUUAUAAAUUACCUAUCAACAUUUUCAUCAUACACAGAAUCAUUUAUAACACUGUUCGACGUCUACUGCUAUCAACCAAAACGAGUGAACGAAUGAACGAGCGAGCGAGCAAGCGAAGGAACCAACCCUACCGCCUGCAUAUCCCUGCUACCCUCGUGAAUACGAAGAAAAUGGACCAACUACGGGCCUGCCUCGAGAAUUUUAAUUACUCGAGCGGCAGAAUGCGAUUAAACAAAAGAAACGAAGAGCAAUGUAGUGAAAACCUUGGGACAAGGGAGCCAACCGACUGAAUAAGAACAUUUUGAAUUUCUCGGACUGACGUUUUCUC